CUCGACUGUCUGCUGGCGAGUUAGAUAUUGAAUUUGAUCUCACAACCGGCAGAGACUCGAUUCAACUGUCUGCUGGCGAGUUAGGUAUUGAAUUUGAUUUCACAACCGGCAGAGACUCGACUGUCUGCUGGCGAGUUAGAUAUUGAAUUUGAUCUCACAACCGGCAGAGACUCGAUUCAACUGUCUGCUGGCGAGUUAGGUAUUGAAUUUGAUUUCACAACCGGCAGAGACUCGACCGAAAAGAAGAUGAAGACCAUUCUGUGUAUUGCGUUUGUCCUGUUAACCUCCACAUUACUUGCAUUAUGGUAUUUGCCACCAACAACAGCUUUACCUGUGAAUUGGCAUGACUAUUUCAGUAAUGAGAUUAGGGAUUACUGGGCACUCCCUCGUCGAGAGAGUACAUAUGCCGGACAAGAGCCAAGCCUAGUUGAAAGAAAUUACGAUGUUGAGGAAUGCGGAAAAAGAAGCGGAAUUGACGUCAAUGAAGAAAGUGAAAAAUACUUUAGUUGGGAUGGUGAAAGUGAUGAGUCGGGCAGUGGUGCCGGAAGUACAGGGGAGGGAAGUUCUGGUAGUCAUGGGGAGAAUAAUGGAAGUGGAGAGGAGGGAGGUAGCGGACAAAGUGGAAUGGAAGGAGGCAGUGGGGAGAGUGGAAUGGAAGGAGGCAGUGAAGGAAAUAGAAUGGAAGGAAGUAGCGGAGAGAGCAGAAUGGAAGGAAGCAACAUAGACAAUGGAAUGGAAGAGAGCAGUGGAGAAAAUGGAAUGGAAGGAAGCAGUGGAGAGAGUGGAAUGGAGGGAAACAGCGGAAAAGGUGAAAUGGAAGGAAGCAGUGGAGAGAGUGGAAUGGAAGGAGGCAGUGGAGAGAGUGUAAUAGACAGAAGCAGUGGAGAAAGUGGAAUUGAAGAAAAAAGCGGAGAAGAUAGAAUGGAAGGAAAUAGUGGAGAAAGUGGAAAUGAAGAAAGCAGUGGAGAAAGUGGAAUAGAAGAAAAAAGCGGAGAGGAUAGAAUGGAAGGAAAAAGUGGAGAAAGUGGAAAUGAAGGAAGCAGUGGAGAAAGUGGAAUAGAAGGAAGUGGCGAAGAGAGCGGAAUGGAAGGAGGCAGUGGAGAGAAUGAAAUGGAAGGAAGCAGUGGAGAAAAUGGAAUGGUAGGAGGUAGCCAUGAAAAUGGAAUUGAAGCAAGCGGCUAUGAAAAUGGAAGUGAAGGACGCAGUAGAGAAAGUGGAAUGGAAGGAGGCAGUGGAGAAAAUGGAAUGGAAGGAAGUAGCGAAGAGAGUGGGAUGGAAGGAGGCAGUGGAGAGAAUGGAUUGGAAGGAAGCAGUGGAAAAAAUGGAAUGGAAGGAAGCAGCCAUGAAAAUGGAAGUGAAAGAAGCAGUGGGGAAAGUGGAAUGAGAGGAAGCAGUAGAGAAAAUAGAAUAGAAGGAAACAGCGAAGAAAGUGGAAUGGAAGAAGGCAGUGGGGAGAAUGGAAUGGAAGGAAGCGGUGGAAAAAGUGGAAUGGAGGGAAGUAGCCAAGUACAUGGAGAAGAAGGAAGCACAGAAGAAAGUGGGGGCGAAGGAAGUAGCGAAGAUAAUGAGGAGGAGGGCAGCAGCGGAGAAAGUGGAGAGGAGGGAAGCAGUAACGGACACGAGGAGAAGGAAAGCAGCACUGAAAUUGAUAAGGAAGGAAGUGGCGAAAAAAAUGGAAACGAGGAAGGCAGUGAAGAAAGUAGCGAGAAAAGUGGAGAGGAGGAAAGCUUUGGAAUGGAAAAUAUCAUUGCUGUUAACAAUGGCCAAGUUCUUUUGGCUGGUGGCAUUCCUCGUAACCCUACUACCGAGCCUCUUUCACCGACACCUGAGAGGACAGAUGCCGUUCAGGACCUCUUAGAGAUGGUCAAAGAGAUAGAAAAUGCAGCAGAGCUUCCGAGGCCUUAAUUGGGUUGGAGUGUCAACACUGAUAAUAGGACCAGAUAUAUAGUUGUAUUAAAUAUGACUAGAGAUAAAACUAGAAACGACCAUGUCUUCCCAUGCUUGACUUCUUUCGAGGAUCAAAAAGCGCAGUGCUUCAAUGAGAUAUAGGGGCGCAUUCAAUUCGGUUGGAAAAAAUUCGGUGGCAAUUUUCUUUCUGGAGGAUCAGUUAAGCUCUUUUUUUUUAAAACAUAACUAACGGAGCUACCCUACUCCUUUUGCACAGAUCAGACUUUUCUCCCAGUAAAAGAAAAAAGAAAAGGCCCCUGGUUAGAGAGGCGGUCGGUUCUAGUCCAGAAUUAUAUUUCAUUUCGUUUGGUUUUGAUUUUUGCCGUGUAAAAUCGCUCAUUGUAGCUGAGAUUCUAUGGCUUUUUAGACUUUAAGCGGUGGAAUAGAGAAGGCCUUUAUUAUUAGUGCUACGGCACGAGCUUAGCGCGGUCUUGAGGAACGCAACCAGGCGAGAGGUCUGCCAGGGGAUCGAGUCAAGCACUGAUUACCAGUGCCAGACCCCGAAAAACCUCCUUCUGACAAGAUUGGUCUUAAAUCUUCCAGCGGGCAGAGAAACGAGCGUCCUACAAUGAAGACCUGCUGGAAAGCUCACGAAAUGUGACACCGUUAACAUGUCUGCAAAGCUACAAAAUCUAGUUAAGCCCCAAUCAAGUCUUAGUUAGUUUAAUGGUAUUUUAAUUAACAACUCCUGAGGCUUGUUUCCAUAGUUACAACAACAAACAUGAACGGUGGGAACUUGAGAAAUAAAUGGUACAGUAUUUUUUUCAUUAUUUUUUCAAAAUGUACAAUGGAACAAAACUUUGAGCACAUCCCCUUAACAUCUAAAGUAGAGUCCAGUUAUCGGUUAGAAAAGACCAUUCCAUUUCAUUUCCCAUAAGAUGAAAAGACAAAACAGCCCUAAAUCGAAGUAAAUAAGGAUGAUUAUAUCCUUUCGACCUCUGCAAGUCUGUUCGGCGUAAUGCCACGGACUUUUAACUUUAAGCUCAUAACUUGGCUUCAAUUUGAAUCUUGUUUGUCAAUUUUGGAUUAACUGAAGAAGAAUUUUUCCGUUAGAAAAUAAAUUACUUGUAGGUUUUUAUCAUUUACUGUCAGAGAAAUUGAAAACACCACUUUUUAGAAUACAGACAAAAAACUAAACGAAUCUAUAUAUUUUUAUCAAGUAGAAUUUGCCGUCAAAGUGGGGGGAAGGGGGACAGGGGGUCAGAGUCUCCCCCUUCCCGUGCCUCGUUCUCCCGCCUCCCGUACUUUUAUGCCCUUUUGUCUCCCCUUUGCCUCCCUUUGCCCAGGUCUAACUUUCAAACUGUGCCAAAAUUUAAUAUUCCUGUUCAUUUUCACCGGAAGUAAUGCUGUUUUAUCAGCCCGAGUACAAAUUUACAUUUUCUUGCCUUCGAAAUUUCAUAGCAUUGGUGGAUGUUAAAAGAAAAUUUUAAAACUAGAUAAGUGUUUUAGACUGGAUAAUACCCAGUAAUAAGUUUGUACUCGUCUCGCGCGUUAUUUGUACUCUACG